AUGGGUUCCAGUGGCAGCACCCAAAAACCUCGUCCGGGGGGUCAGACAUCGUCCGUCCGGGGAGUCAGCCAACCCAAAACAGGCAAGCAGGACAUCGGCAAUGACAACUCUAGGCUCACCGUCAUCGAUAGCAACAACCAUACGGCAAUCCAGAAUGGAGACCACCAGAAACAAAAUGGCCGCCACAACUCAAAUUCACACUCGGGAGAAGAUUGUCAGCUGACUCCAGGGAAUCACUCUCUUACGUCUCCUAAACAUACCCUCCUUCCACCGAAGGCACCCAACAGACAUCAUGGCCGUGGCAACGAUGGCAGACGUCCCUCUAUCGCCUAUGGAGACAGGCGCCCUCCUACCCGAUCUCACAGACCUCGCACAGCGCCCUCUAGGCCAAAGACUUCUAUGUCUAUCAGCCAGAGGCCAACAAUCAGGGGGAGACAAAUCUCCACUAAACAGCUACAGAAGGUGGACCAGUUUUCCAGGAUUCUACACGGUGAUAUGUCUGUUGCGUGUCCGUUCUCCGCCAAAAUAGUCAGGAUCUUCACAAGCAGUACAUUCACAGACACGGAACACGAGCGGAACGCCUUGAUGGAACGCGUGUACCCCCGACUGAAGGAACGCUGCCGGCAGCUGGGGUAUGAGUUUCAAGUGGUGGACAUGAGGUGGGGUGUCAGGGAUGAAGCAACGGAUGACCACAUGACCUCUGAACUCUGUCUACUGGAAAUUGACCUCUGCAUGAAGUUGUCAACUGGACCAUGCUUUGUGACAUUCCUGUCCCACAAGUACGGGUAUCGACCCCUGCCCUCCCAGAUCAGCUCCCCCGAGUUCCUACUGGUCAUGUCGGCGGUGAAGAGGACAGAGGACAAAGAUCUCUUAUACAGAUGGUACCUUGAAGACGAAAACGCCGACCCCCCUACCUACGUGCUUCAACCAAUCAGCUCCCUCUUACCAGACUUCCUGUGUGAAGAUGGGGAGCAUCAGGUUGCCAAGGAUACUUGGUACGAAGUGUCGGACCAGAUGAAGAUGGCGUUGGAAGAGGCAGCCCGAGAGACGCUGGAGGCUCGUGAUGCUCACCGUUACGUCAUGUCAGGUAAGCAUAUUGUCGUUGAUAUCGGUAUUGAAGUCAAGCUGCUCCAGGUCAGUCACCGAACAAGAGAUCGCACAUGCGCUGUUCACGCCCGACAAUGUGGCGGGAAGAAGCGCGUGGUUUGA